AUGAACUUCUCCCCAGCAGAACCAAGCUCAUGUACUAGCUCCAGUGGUAGUUCCACUAAUGCUAAUUUGCUAGCCAAGUUUAAAGAGCUCAAAUGCAAAAGAUUAGAAACAGUAAAGCUCAACAAACUAGAUGUGGCUCAGGAAAACAGGCGGCAAAAGAUUUCACCACAAAGUAAACAACAGUCGCUGCCACAACAGUCGCUGCAACGACAGCAGCAUGCUCUGGAUGAUAUAGAAAGAGCUAUGGAAUAUACUAUAGAGGAGUGUGAAAAAUGGCAUGAAAAGCAGCAAAAAAAGGCACAUCAUGCAAUCCAGAAUCAAACAAAAUUGGCCGAAGCAUCAUAUUACAAGGAAAUCAGUAAUAUGGUCAUUGAUAAAGAAACUUACAAGGCGCAAAGGGAGAGGCUCAUGAAAGUAGAGGGGAAUAUGGAUAGAAAUGAUGAAGAAACAACUAUUAUUACUACUAUCGCCGUGCCAUCUGAAGCAACGAAACAGGAAGUUAGUCAAAUAAUGAAGGAGUCACGAGAUAGAAAAUAUAUCAAAAAGAAGAGAAGGAGACAAGAUGAGCUUUUGAAUGUCGAUGGUUUUAUCAAUGAAAAGAAUAAACAAUUUAACAUGAAAUUAAAUCGACAGUUUCAGUCCCGUGACAACACUAUCGAGCAAAGCGAGGACACUAUCGAGCAAAGCGAGAUAGUGGAGCACUGA